GGCCGUAACCGUCGCCGAGGGCCGUCGCUCCCUCCCUCCCCUCCCUCCGCAGAUCGCUCCGCGCUUGGGGCCGGUUCCCGCCGCUUCGCAUAGGCGCCUCCCGCCCGGCCCGGUGAGGGGCGGCCGGCAGGGAUUCUUUUUGAAAAAUGCCAAACCGGAAGUUUGCUGAUGGUGAGGUGGUGAUGGGCCGUUGGCCCGGAAGUGUCCUGUACUAUGAAGUACAAGUGACUCAUUACGAUGAUGUUUCUCAUCUUUAUACUGUUAAAUACAAAGAUGGGACUGAACUUGCAUUGAAAGAAAGUGAUAUAAGGUCACAGUCAUCAUUCAAGCACAGGAAGAGCCAGUCCUCUUCAAGUUCUCCUUCCAGAAAAAGUAGAUCUCGAUCUAGAUCUCCUGGUCGGCCAGCAAAAGGCAGACGUCGUUCUUCUUCCCAGAGCAGAGAACAUAAAGAUGACAAAAAGAAAACCAUUCAGGAAACCAACUUGGCUCUACUGAAGCCGAGUGAGAAUAACACCAGAAGGUACAAUGGUGAACCUGACAGUACAGAAAAAAAUGACACAUCCUGCGUUAUCUUGGAGCAAAAGUUGAAACCAGACCUGGAAACAGAACGCGUGUUUGAACAGUACAGCUUGCGUUCAAGAAAAGAAGAAAAGAAAAAAGAAGAGAUAUAUUCUGAGGAAAAGGGUUUUGAGACAAAAACAUUCGAUAAAGCAUCAUCAAAAACAAAGGACCUAGAGUUUGGUGGAAGAAUUGGGGCGUUAGUGCUGAUAUUUUUCCUGCCUGCUACUGUAUUCUACUUGCUGUUGAUGUGCAAACAAGAUGAUCCCAGUCUUUUGAACUUCCCUCCUCCUCUCCCAGCACUUGAAAGUCUUUGGGAGGCUAGGGUGUUUGGUGUUUUUCUUCUGUGGUUUUUCCUUCAAGCUCUGUUCUACUUACUGCCAAUUGGAAAGGUUGUAGAAGGCCUGCCUCUUUCAAAUGGAAGGAAACUGCAGUACAGGAUAAAUGGGUUUUAUGCUUUUAUUUUGACUGCCUCAGCUAUUGGAAUUUUAUUAUACUUUCAAUUUGAACUUCAUUAUUUGUAUGAUCACUUCAUGCAGUUUGCGGUGUCAGCUGCAGCUUUUUCUAUGGUAUUGAGCAUUUAUCUGUAUAUUCGAUCACUGAAAGCACCUGAGGAAGAACUAGCACCAGGUGGAAAUUCUGGGUAUUUUAUUUAUGAUUUUUUUACUGGACAUGAAUUAAACCCCCGUAUUGGCAGUUUUGACCUCAAAUACUUUUGUGAGUUGCGUCCAGGAUUAAUUGGCUGGGUUGUUAUAAACUUGGCAAUGCUCUUGGCUGAGAUGAAGAUACACAAUCAAAAUAUGCCAUCUCUGUCAAUGAUACUUGUGAACAGCUUUCAGCUUCUUUACGUGGUGGAUGCUCUGUGGAAUGAGGCAACUAUUUUGACUACAAUGGAUAUUACCCAUGAUGGAUUUGGAUUUAUGCUAGCAUUUGGAGAUUUGGUGUGGGUUCCGUUUGUCUACAGUCUGCAGGCCUACUAUUUAGUUGGUCAUCCUAAUGCAAUUUCUUGGCCUGUUGCUGCUGCAAUUACUGUUCUGAACUGUAUUGGAUAUUACAUAUUCCGUAGAGCAAAUUCUCAGAAAAAUAAUUUCCGAAGGAAUCCAUCAGAUCCCAAAUUGGCCUAUCUGAAAUUUAUACCCACUGCAACUGGAAAAGGACUUCUUGUGACAGGAUGGUGGGGUUUUGUUCGUCACCCUAAUUAUCUUGGCGACAUCAUCAUGGCUCUGGCAUGGUCACUGCCCUGUGGUUUUAAUAACAUUUUACCGUAUUUCUAUGUGAUAUAUUUCAUCUGCUUGCUUGUCCAUCGAGAGGCUCGUGAUGAACAUCAUUGUAAGCAAAAAUAUGGCUUGGCAUGGGAAAGGUAUUGUCAGCGUGUACCAUACCGCAUAUUUCCUUACAUCUACUAGAGUGCUCCAGAUGCCUGAUUUGCAACUUACUUCUAAAGUUAGUUUCUUUGCAAAUAAAAAUAUACCUCUUACCUUUGCACUUGGUCUAGUUGUUAUUUAGGCUUUUUUUGUUUUUUAAAAAAAAAAGUGACCAAACAGUGGCAUGCAUCAACAGGUAUUUGCAUUAAUUUUAAAUAUAUGAGUUAUGUGAACUGACUAUCUGUGAUUUUUAAAAAUUGUGAAUUUUCAAAAGUCUUGGAGCCCUAAUUUUUCAAGCUAAAUUUUAUCUAGAAUCUUGAGUUUACAUUUUUUAUUGCAUUUAAUUAAGCACUGUGAUGUAAAGUAUGUUAUUUUCCUAAUAACAAUAAAUACAGAAUUCCAUGCAGUUCUUUUUCUAGUGUUACCUGUACCAUCUAACUUCAGGUGUCUGACUUAAUUGCUGGAAUAGGAGGAGCAGCAGGGUCUUUUUGGUCAGUGGAGCUGGAAGCAGAGGAUUUGACCUACGUGAGUGGCACAUACCACUGGCUGUGCUGCCCUCCAGUCCCUGACUCAGAGCUGACACAGCUCCAGCUGGGCGGUUGUCCCUUCCUGGCUUUUCAUUAUUGGGAUUUUCUGAUCAGGGAGGCUUAGGUGGCCCCUCCUGCACUUCAUCUGCAGGAGGAACAAAGGGAUGGGAUUGGGAGAAGUGAAGGGGCACAACUGUCCUCUCCCAUGCCAUCCCCAAAUUUUUGAGGAAGUUUUAGCAUGGAUUAAGGGAGACUUUGAGCUGCUGCCUGGCAGUGCUCCUGACCCUAGAGAGCAGGCGCGCUUCUGGCUCAGACUUCUGAAGGUAGAUGAUACAAACACUUGUUUCAGCUGUGGAAGUGAGUAGUGAGAUCUGAUCAUGCAUCUACUACUGAACACAGGGGAGCAAAAGGUGCAGUGUAUGCGUAUUUGACAGAAAAGAAUAAAAUUACCACAGUUAGCUUAUUCUAAUCUUUGUAAAUUAUGUCUUAAUGUACCAUAGUGUUUACCGAGUGUGUAUAAUAAAGCCUCCAUGUUUCUGCUGUACAGUGUUUGGAUUUGGAAAUGCCAUAGCUUUUGUAGAACUAAAUCAUUUUCCAGUAUUUUUUUUAAAUGUUCAUUGAAUAAAGGUUUUUGUAAAUUAACGUAUUAAUUCUCGAAACAAUUGAAAUGUUCAUUUAAAUAUUUGUAUUGACAAAUAUGGCAUGAAAAUAUAGGAAAUGCUCCUUAAUCCAAAGUGGGGGGUUUUUUUUGGUUUUUUUUUGGUUUUUUUUUUUAAAAUUUGGCAUCGCUACCUCAUAUGUAGGUUUUGCCUUUUGUACUGUUGCAGAUAGAGAAAAUAGCUAUUUUUUUGCUAUUGCUAUUUAAAACAUUUUUUUACAUGAGCCUGUGGUUGAACUCGACCACUUUCUAAUAUAUUUUUGUAUAUAUUUGACUUUUUAACUGAUGUAUGUGUUCUAGACACUAGUUACGUGUUUUUUCCUCUAACUGGCUGUAAAUCAGAUGUCCUUGCAGUAUUUACAUCACAAGUAGAAUAACUUUAUAUUUUACUGAAAUAAUCUUGCAUUAAUUAACUAGCUUUUAUUCUGUUGUCACAACUAAGUGCUUUUCACAUACUUCACACAUGAGGUUUAUAGCACAAAUUUUUCAAAAAAGCUUAUUAGAAUCUUAAAUAUAGUGGAGAAGGAGCUCAGGUACCUCUGCAUUUGCUUGUAGGAAAGUUCCUAAUAAAUCGGAAUGUUUCUAUUCAUCUAUUGGUUUCAUUUCUCUAAAAAUGUUGAUGUAAUUGAAAAUCUAGCAUGUGACUUUUGUAAUAAAAGAACUCUCUAUUUUGUACACAGGCAUUUUUAAACAUAAUUGUACAUUUGAAUUGUAUAUAAUGUAGCUUGAGUAUGGCAGUCUUCUCAGAAAACCUGUGUGUUGGUGUUGUAAGAAAAAUGUUUUAAGACAAAUACUUUGAUUCCUGGAAAAAAAACAGCAUUACCUGUAACAAUCCUGAAGAGCAUUUCCUCCUGUGAAGUAGCAGAUUACACUGGGAUGCUUUUUUUCCAAUGGUUGCUCAGUCAGUUAAAGGGAAAUAGAGCAAUCAUUUAACUGCACCAGUUUGCAGCUGUUGUUUUAAAGUGUGUGGGGACAGGUGGGUGGCAGUUUAACUCACCCUAUAAACUAGGAGGUGCCCCUGCCAUCCCAGUUUCAUCUGUUGCCAUGCAAGUAUAUUAAAAUGUAAUUCAGAGCCUUUGUUUUUCAGAAACAGAUCUUGACCAAUGAUAACUUUGAUUUAUUUACACGCUGAGUUUUUUGUGAAUUUGAAGUAAUUGUUGUUAAUACACACAAGCCUAUAAACUAAAAUAAAGCUUUUUUU